ACUACACACGCGUGGCAGAAGAAAUUUGUCCUCAAUCUUUUUGUUUUCAUCUUACUCGAAAGAAACAUCUGGGGAUUAAAUUUAGUAGUUAAUGGCAUGCCCCCAAUAACACCACGAAUUUAAAGAAUGGUGUCCACGAGUUGGAGCGUCGUUUUAGUGAUCAAGGCUUCCAGAAUGCGCAAAUACCAAUCGUCAGUCUCGCCGGCGGGUAUAAAUAUUCGGUGGAUGAGGACAGCAGCAGCAGGAGCAGCAGCCGCCGCCGGGGAAAAGCAAGAUGGGCAUUUCCCAGAAGUGUCGAUUUGCUUGCUUAUUCCUUUCCUUAAUCACUGCAUGGGCCUGUGAUAAGACAAGCCUAUCAAUCACACAGCAAAGAACUCCACUCUUGGUUGCAGGGAAACCAGAAUGGCAGGUGGUCGUAGCAAACACAUGUGAUUGUCCACAAUCAUCCAUCCUGCUGACAUGUGCAGGAUUUUCCACCGCUGAAGAUGUUGAUCCUUCCAUCCUCAGGAAGGCGGACACAGACCCCACUUACUGCCUCCUGGGAGACGGAAAGCCCAUCCCUUUAAAUGCAAACAUUAGCUUCAAGUACGCUUGGGAUGACCCUUUCCUCUUCCUUGUUUACUCUUCCACCCUCGGUUGCAGAUAGAAAACGCUGAAGCCCUUUACUAGUCCUUGGUUGGUUAAACUAUUAUAUAUGGUUUUCUAUUUGGCGUUUGUAAUAUAAGCGUAAGGAUGUUCUUCUCCACUGUUUUGUGCCUCUUCCAAGGCACUCAAAAUCAUUUGGUUGCCAUGGAACCCCAGGAGUAACAACCAAGUCUGUUUUGCAUCUCCAA